GUGUGCCCGCCCUCCCGGCCGGGGAGCAUGUCGUGCCCGUGCCCGUGUCCGGGGGAGGGGUGCCGGGGGCGGGGCGCGUGGUACGCGGGGCGGCUGGGGCGGCGGGAGGCGGCGUGGCGGCUGCAGGGCCAGCGCCAGGGCACCUUCCUGGUGCGGGACUCCUCCACCUGCCCCGGGGACUACGUCCUCUCCGUCGCGGAGAACGGCCGCGUCUCCCACUACAUCAUCCACGCCCUCCCCGGGGAUGGGGGCGGCGCCGCCGGGAGGGGCCUCUUCCGCAUCGGGGACCAGCACUUCCAGAGCCUGCCGGACCUGCUGGACUUCUACCGGGACCACUACCUCGACACCACCACCCUCCGGGAGCCCCUCCCCAGGGGCGCCGCUUCCCCGCCGGCCCCCGGGCGCCCGCCCUCCCUCCCGCCGGAGGGGCCCGAGGGGGAGCUGGUGCGGGCGCUCUAUGACUUCGCCGGGAAGGACGCGGAGGACCUCCCGUUCCAGAAGGGAGAGGUGCUGUCCAUCGAGGAGAAGCCCGAGGAGCAGUGGUGGCGCGCCAGGAACAAGGAGGGACGCCAAGGCAUGAUCCCCGUCCCCUACGUCCACAGGCUGCUGCUGCCGCCCAGCAAGGGGGCCGCCAAGGGGGCCGGGGGCCGCUACGGCAUCCCGGAGCCCGCCCACGCCUACGCCCAGCCCCACGGACACCCCGCCCCUGCCCCCGCCGCCCCUGCCGCCCAGAAGGGCCCCGUCUUCGCCAAAGCCAUCCAGAGGAGGGUCCCCUGCGCCUACGACAAGUCCGCCCUCGCCCUCGAGGUUGGCGACCUGGUGAGAGUGACCCAGAUGAACAUCAACGGCCAAUGGGAGGGCGAGAUCCAGGGCAGGAGGGGCCUCUUCCCUUUCACACAUGUCAGAAUCAUCAAUCCUCGCAACCCAAAUGAGAUGUCAUCAACAUUUGUAUCACACAGCAUGGAGACCUGGCAUACUACUACUACUACAACUACUACUACUAAUAAUAAUUGUAGCUCUGGCUCACGAAUGGGACCCUGAAGAAGGAGACGGAAGGCCUGAUCCUUGCAGCCCAGGAGCAAGACAUCAGGACAAAGGCCAUUAAUAAUAAUAAUAAUAAUAAUAAUAAUAAUAAUAGAAGACCUGGCUCUGGCUCACGAACGGGACCCUGAAGAAGGAGACAGAAGGCCUGAUCCUUGCAGCCCAGGAGCAAGACAUCAGGACAAAGGCCAUUAAUAAUAAUAAUAAUAAUAAUAAUAAUAAUAAUAAUAAUAGAAGACCUGGCUCUGGCUCACGAAUGGGACCCUGAAGAAGGAGACAGAAGGCCUGAUCCUUGCAGCCCAGGAGCAAGACAUCAGGACAAAGGCCAUUAAUAAUAAUAAUAAUAAUAAUAAUAAUAAUAAUAAUAAUAAUAGAAGACCUGGCUCUGGCUCACGAAUGGGACCCUGAAGAAGGAGACAGAAGGCCUGAUCCUUGCAGCCCAGGAGCAAGACAUCAGGACAAAGGCCAUUAAUAAUAAUAAUAAUAAUAAUAAUAAUAAUAAUAAUAAUAGAAGACCUGGCUCUGGCUCACGAAUGGGACCCUGAAGAAGGAGACAGAAGGCCUGAUCCUUGCAGCCCAGGAGCAAGACAUCAGGACAAAGGCCAUUAAUAAUAAUAAUAAUAAUAAUAAUAAUAAUAGAAGACCUGGCUCUGGCUCACGAAUGGGACCCUGAAGAAGGAGACAGAAGGCCUGAUCCUUGCAGCCCAGGAGCAAGACAUCAGGACAAAGGCCAUUAAUAAUAAUAAUAAUAAUAAUAAUAAUAAUAAUAAUAAUAAUAAUAAUAGAAGACCUGGCUCUGGCUCACGAAUGGGACCCUGAAGAAGGAGACAGAAGGCCUGAUCCUUGCAGCCCAGGAGCAAGACAUCAGGACAAAGGCAAUUCAGGCCAAGAUCGAAAAAUCAGCUGAUGACCCAAAAUGCAGACUCUGCAAGGAAACCGAUGAAACCAUUGACCAUAUCCUCAGCUGCUGUAAGAAAAUUGCACAGACAGACUACAAACAGAGGCACAACUACGUGGCCCAAAUGACUCAUUGGAACUUAUGCCUCAAGUCCCACCUGCCAGCAGCAAAGAACUGGUGGGAUCACAAACCUGCAAAAGUCUUGGAAAAUGAGCACGCAAAGAUACUGUGGGACUUCCGAAUCCAGACUGACAAAGUUCUGGAACACAACACACCAGACAUCACAGUUGUGGAAAAGAAAAAGGUUUGGAUCAUUGAUGUCCCAUCCCAGGUGACAGUCGCAUUGACGAAAAACAAGAGGAAAAACUCAGCCGCUCUCAGGACCUCAAGAUUGAACUUCAAAGACUCUGGCAGAAACCAGUGCAGGUGGUCCCGGUGGUGAUGGGCACACUGGGUGCCGUGCCAAAAGAUCUCAGCCGGCAUUUGGAAACAAUAGACAUUGACAAAAUCACGAUCUGCCAACUGCAAAAGGCCACCCUGCUGGGAUCUGCAGCAUCAUCAGAAAAUACAUCACACAGUCCUAGACACUUGGGAAGUGUUCGACUUGUGGUUUUGUGAUAUGAAAUCCAGCAUAUCUAGCUUGUUUGCUGUGUCAUACAAUAUAAUAAUAAUAAUAAUAAUGGCAUUUAAAAUGGUUCCUGACUGCAUUUAUUUAUUCUCCAGUGCAGAAGCAUCCAGAGAAGGGUAUGGACCUUGGGAAACUAUAACUCUCAGAACAACAUAGUAUAGAGCUAUGGUGUUUCAAGUGGGGUUCAAGAGUAUUCAUUCCAUUGUGUAAAUGCAACAAGAGAAGGGUAUGGAUCUUGGGAAACUAUAACUCCCAGAAUUGCACAGCAUGGAGACAUGGCAUAAUUAUAAUAAUAAUCCAUCUCUCCCGGCUUUCUUAUGUAACACAAGGCACAGACAUAUAAUGGAAGGAAGGGAAGGGAAGGAAGAGAAAGGAAAGGACCCAAAAAAGAAAUUGUUAUGGCAAAGUAAAAACUUGAUGAGUAAAAAGUAAUUAUUUCCCUAACAUGGGUACUUUUGGCCCCACCCAUAAAUUGGGGAAACGUUUCAUUUUAAACCUGGGAGCAACAAAUGCCAUCACAUUACAGAACUGCCCAUUUACCUAGAUCAUUCCCUCAAAAUCAAUUUCCCCACCACCUCUUGAAACGUUUGAAAAGAAUGUCCCCCCCCCCCCUUAAAAUACACAAAGAAUGCUCUAUCCUACACUUCAAGUCAAACUAACGUACAGUGCCUUCCCGGAUUUUAAGUGUAGCACUGCGUGGAAUUUAGUAAGUGUGAUGAACUGGCAUUACUGCAAGAUCUCUAUCCCAUGUAACACUGUUAUAAAGCCAGAUGUCACCCAUUCUGUAUCUGCAUUUCAUUUUUUUCUGCCUAAGUGUAGUAUUCUACAUUUCUCCUUGUUGACAUUCAUGUUGUUAGUUCAGGCAAAUCAGCUCUCUCAUCUGUUGAGGUCAUUUUGAAUUCCGAUCCUGUCCUCUGAUGCAUUAGCUCUCCCUCCUAAUUUGGUCCCAUUUGUAAACUUGAUGAGCCUGCUCUCUAAACUUUUGUCCAAGACAUUAAUAAAGAUGUUGAACAGGAUUGAACCCUC